UAGCCCUGAGUUUAGAUGGCCUUUAUCUGCCCCACUUCCUCUUAUCCUGCCUGUCUUUGCUGAGGAUGAUGUUUGAGAUAAACGAGACUGUGAUAAGACAGUAGGCAGCUCUGGCACCAAGUUCUGCUGUUUCUCUGAAGGAGUGGUCUGUAAGGUGUUGGGUGUGGGGAAGAGCAGAAUACAGGGUCUCUGACAGACUGUUCCACAUUCAUUUGUAUUAAUUCUGACAGGUUGUGACUCUUGAGGAAGUUGCCGUGUACUUCUCCAGGACAGAAUGGCUCCUCCUUGAUGAGUCUCAGAGACGCCUGUACUUUGAUGUCAUGCUGGAGAACUAUGCUGUUGUAUCAUCUCUGGGUUGCUGCUGUGGACCAACGGUUGUGGAGGCACCCACUGAACAGAAUGUUACUGUAAGAGUCUCAGAGGCUGUGAAUCUGAAGUCAGUGCUGUCUUCCCAGAAAAGCCACCCAUGUGAGCGUUGUGGGUGUGUCUUAAGAGACAUUUUACUCUUGCUUAACCAGCAGGGAAGCCAACAAGUCCCAACUCUGCUGAGGUGUGGGGCAUGUGCAGAACCAUUUUCCUUCAGUGCACAGAGUCACCAGCUCCAGGAGCAGGACACAACACAGAAUUGUUUCAUAAGCAGUGUGAACGAGGUCUCCCCUGCAAAUAGCUCUAAUGCCGAUGUGUCGUGGAAGCCUUGUACGUCCAGUCAGGUUGAAAAUUGCUUCCUCAUCACCUCCGAACAUCUUAAACAAUUGGCUGCCUUCACCAUGAAUAGGGAAAAUGAAAUUUCUAGGUCUGAAAUGGCUUUUCAAACUCCAAAUUAUUACACUGCAACAGAACAUCAAGCCAGUGGCUGUGAUGACAGACUGGUUGAAGACCAUAGUUUCCUUACUAGAAGACGGUGUUUUUUGUGUUGUGAAUGUGGAAAGUCUUUUUCCAGAGUCUCUGCCCUCCGUAUUCAUCAGAGAGUUCACACAGGAGAAAGGCCUUAUAAAUGUGGUACCUGUGGGAAAUCUUAUAUUCGUAGCUCUGACCUCCGUAAACAUGAGAAAGUUCACUCUGCAGAAAGGCCUUAUGUGUGCACUAAAUGUGGGAAGUCUUUUAAGCAAAGAAGUACCCUUAAUGUUCAUCAGAGAGUUCAUACUGGAGAAAGGCCUUAUAAGUGUGGUGAAUGUGAAAAAUCUUUUACCAGUAAACCUACCCUCUUUUUUCAUCAGAGAGUUCACACUGGAGAAAGGCCUUACGUGUGUGCUGAAUGUGGGAAAUCUUUCAACAGUAGCUGUACCCUCCAUCGUCAUUACAAAAUUCACACUGGAGAAAAGCCUUAUAAGUGUGGUGAAUGUGGGAGAUCUUUUACUCGUAACUGUAGCCUCCGGUAUCAUCGCAGAAUUCAUACUGGAGAAAGGCCUUAUGUGUGUGGUGAAUGUGGAAAAUCUUUUUCUCAAAACUUUAUCCUCCAUCGUCAUCAGAAAAUUCACACUGGAGAAAGGCCUCAUAAGUGCGGUGAUUGUGGUAAAUCUUUUACCCAUAGAUCUGACCUGCAUAAACAUCACAGAGUUCAUACUGGAGAAAGGCCUUAUAAGUGUAGCAAAUGUGAGAAAUCUUAUACCACUUGCUCUUCUCUUCAUUAUCAUCAGAAAACACACAACUAAGAAAGACCAUAUGAGUGCAGUGAACAUGGAAAUCUUGUACCUGUAGCUCUGCCCUCCAUUUUCAUCAAAGUGUUCACAGUGGUUAAAGUAUUUAUGCGUGCACUAAAUGGGGAAAUCCUUUUUGCAUACCACUCAUGUCAAUUACCAUCAAAUUGUUCACACCUAGAAACACUUAAGAGUGUGGUGAAUGUGGGAAAUCUUUUAUCUCUUGCAUUAACUAUCAUUUGUAUCAGAGACUACAAACCUGAGCAAAGUUUUAUGGCUGCAGAGAAUGUGAGAAAUAUUUGAUCAAUAACCUUCAUUUUCCUUAAAGACUUCACAUUGGAGAAAGGCCUCAUGAGUGUGGUGAAAGUGGGAAAAACUUCUUCUGUAGCAGUCCUCUCAGUUAUCAUUAGAGAGUCACCCUGGAGAAUGACCUUAUGCCUGCAGUGAUUUGGGAAAUAUUUUUCUUGUGUCAUUGAUUUCCACUAGUAUGAUAGAGUUUAUACUGUCAAAAUGCAGUUUGAGUGAUGUGACUGAGAAU